AUGGGACAACAACAAAGUCAUAAUAACCCAAACGAUCAGGAUUCAGACGGUGACUCUAUCAUACCUUCAAAUCGUAUACAAAGAAUUCGUGACGAAUCAUCAUCAUCGUCAUCCAGACAAAUUGAUGGUAGGAGCCCAUACACUAUAAGACGAAGAAGUUCAAGAUCUUCUGCAAAUAGUGCAAAUAAUGUUCCUACAAGUGAUAACAUCAACAAUAGUCUUUUUUAUAAUGGAACUGAUGACAUGGAAUAUUAUCCUUAUUCUGAAUCAUUUGAAACUAUUUCACCUACCGAUAAUAAUCAUAAUAAUCAUGGUGAUGAUUCAGAAGAUACGCUAAUAAGAAAUAUUCGGUCUACUUAUGGUUCUUAUAGCUAUGCAAAUUCACGUUCCCGUCAUUCUUCUCGAUCUACCGAAUCUCGUUCAAGAAUAUCAACCGGGGGAUCUUUCCUAUCUGCUGUACCCUUGUCAAAUACGCUUGAUUCAUCUACCAGUUCUCGAAUAAUAGAUGCGUCUACAAACACAUCAUCUUCUCAACGUUCAAGAUAUAGGGCUGCCCCUUCUGCAACUGCUGCUUCAUUUGCAGCUAGUCAAGAAAAUGCAAUAGCAACGGAAUCAGAAAGAUCUCCUGGCGAUGAAUCUGAUGUAGGGUUUGAAAGAUUUUUGGAAACACUUCAAUUGAGACAUAGAGAGGCUUCAAGUAGAUCACAAACAACACCAAACAGCACCACUGCUACUGUUGCUGAUGGUGUUACGACAUCAAUACCAUCAUCAUUACUCAAUUCAGAAGAGUUUAUUCCUGAUACAAUUAUUAUCAUUGGAAUUAGAAGUGUUCCUCCUAGAUUGGAAGAACAAAAUGGAAAUUACAGUAUUGUGCAAGAAAGCAUAGUUUAUGAACAAGCAGAUCCUAGGCGUGAUGACAGCAACAAUAAUUCAAGAGAAAGAUCAUCAGCAACAACGUCAGGUAGAAAUUCAUCUAGAUCAACAUCAUCAACCGGAACACAAACUCCACCAUCACGAUCAUGGAUUAUAUAUGUAAUAGGUGGUACAUAUCCGCCGAAUCAUCCUAUUUUCUCAACAGCGUCAUUAUUCUCUGACAAUCCAACUUACGAAGAUAUGUUAACACUUACUACUCUUUUAGGACCUGCAAGGCCACCAACUACAACACAAAGUGAAAUUGAGGCAACUUUCCCAAUUGUGUUAUAUGAUGAAAAUAUUAGUGGUGUUAAAGAUCGAGUCCUUUUAGGCAAUUCCGAGAAGUGUCAAGUGUGCCUGUGUGAUUAUGUCACAGAUGAAGAAUUAAGAGUAUUGAAUUGUAAUCACGGGUUUCACAAAGAUUGUAUCGAUAAGUGGCUUACUGAAGGUUCUAAUAAAUGUCCAAUUUGUCGAGGUGUAGGAGUACCUUCUAAUGAAGAAGUUGGCGAAGCAAUACCUUCAUUGCUUGCUUAG